AUGGCUGUGGCCCUCGCUGCCCCAGGGAGCACCUUCUCUAAGCAGCUCCUUUUCUCUCUCCUGGUUCUGGUAUUAUUUUGCGAUGCCUGUCAAAAAAUUUCUCUUCAAAUUCCCUCUCAUCUUAAAGCUGAAACACCUGUAGGCAAAGUGAAUCUGGAGGAGUGCCUCAAGUCACCCAGCCUGAUCCUGUCCAGUGACCCAGCCUUCAGAAUUCUAGAAGACGGCACAAUUUAUACAACACAUGACCUGCUUUUGUCUUCUGAGCAGAAGAGGUUCUCCAUCUUCCUCUCAGACAGUCAGAGGCAGGAACAAAAGGAAAUAGAAAUUGAGUUGUCAGCAAGAGAAAAGAAGGUUUUUAGGAAGAGACAGACCAAAGACCCAGUGCACACGCGCAGUAAGAGAAGAUGGGCUCCUAUUCCAUGUUCGCUGAUGGAGAACUCAUUAGGUCCAUUUCCACAACAUGUUCAGCAGAUCCAAUCUGAUGCUGCCCAGAAUUACACCAUCUUUUACUCCAUUAGUGGACCAGGAGUGGACAAAGAGCCUUUCAAUUUGUUCUUCAUAGAGAAGGACACUGGGGACAUCUAUUGUACCCGAAGCAUUGACCGUGAGCAAUAUGACCAAUUUUUGGUGUAUGGAUAUGCAACCACUGCUGAUGGCUAUGCCCCAGACUAUCCUCUGCCCUUGCUGUUCAAGGUUGAAGAUGACAAUGACAAUGCCCCAUAUUUUGAAACCAAACUGACAGUUUUUAGUGUGCCUGAAAAUUGCCGAUCUGGAACUUCGGUGGGACAAGUGACUGCCAUAGACAAUGAUGAACCAGGAACCCUACAUACUCGUCUGAAAUACAAAAUUCUACAGCAAAUCCCAGAUCACCCAAAGCACUUCGCCAUACACCCAGACACAGGUGUGAUCACUACCACCUCACCUUUACUGGACAGAGAGAAAUGUGAUACUUACAAGCUAGUGAUGGAAGUCCGAGACAUGGGGGGCCAGCCCUUCGGUCUCUUCACCACAGGAACAAUCACAAUCUCACUGGAGGAUGAGAACGACAACUCACCAUAUUUCACCCAAACUUCUUAUACUACAGAAGUAGAAGAAAACAGAAUCGAUGUUGAGAUUCUAAGAAUGAUGGUACAAGAUCAAGAUUUGCCCAACACUCCUCACUCAAAGGCAGUAUACACGAUUCUCCAAGGAAAUGAAAAUGGGAACUUCAAAAUCACAACAGAUCCGAAUACAAAUGAAGGAGUCUUGUGUGUUGUCAAGCCAUUGAACUAUGAAGUCAAUCGCCAAGUCAUUCUACAAAUCGGUGUUCUGAAUGAAGCCCAGUUCACUAAAGCCGCCAAUGGGCAAGCCCCCACAAUGUGCACCACGACUGUCACUGUGAAAAUUAAAGACAGUGAUGAAGGCCCUGAGUGCCAGCCACCAGUCAAAAUCAUUCAGAGCAAAGAUGGACUGCCAGCUGGCCAAGAGCUUCUGGGCUACAAAGCCACAGACCCAGAAACAAGCAGUUCUGAAGGCAUAAGGUACCAGAAGGUAGGAGAUGAAGAUAACUGGUUUGAAAUCAACGAAAGCACCGGAGACUUGAAAACCCUCAAAGUAUUGGACAGAGAGUCAAAGUUUGUGAAGAACAACCAGUAUAAUAUUUCAGUAGUGGCGAUGGAUGCAGUUGGCCGCUCUUGCACAGGAACACUGGUAGUUCUUCUGGAAGAUUUUAAUGACCACCCACCACAGAUUGACAAAGACCUGACCAUUUGUCAGCAGGAGAAGGAUUAUGCUGUUUUGGAACCUGUCGAUCUAGAUGGGCCUGAUAAUGGUCCACCUUUUCAGUUCUUUCUGGAUAACUCUGCCAGCAAACACUGGACUCUAGAACCACAGGAUGGUAAACGUGCCAUUCUUCGUCAACGACACAAUCUCAAUUAUAACUUCUAUUCUGUGCCAAUCCAAAUACAAGACAGACAUGGUUUCUCUGCAAAACAUAUGCUAUCAGUGAGAGUGUGUGACUGCACAGUUCCAGAAGAAUGCAGAAUGAGUGCUAGGGAGGAGAGGGAUGCUAAACCAAAUGUAGUCCUUGGGAAAUGGGCCAUUCUCUCCAUGGUCCUAGGCGCUGCAUUGCUACUGUGUAUUCUGUUUACAUGUUUCUGUGUGACUACUACUAAGAGAACAGUAAAGAAAUGUUUCCCAGAUGAUGUAGCCCAGCAAAAUUUAAUUGUAUCAAAUACUGAAGGACCAGGAGAGGAAGUGACGGAGGCAAAUAUUAGACUCCCCACACAGACAUCCAACAUCUGUGACACAAGCGCAUCUGUUGGGACUCUUGGUGGCCAAGGAAUCAAAACACAGCAAAGUUUUGAGAUGGUCAAAGGAGGCUACACUUUGGAUUCCAACAAAGGAGGUGGCCACCACACCUUGGAGUCCAGCAAGGGAGCUGUGCUGGGAGCAGCAGACACUGGCCGAUAUGCAUACACAGACUGGCAAAGUUUCACUCAACCCCGGCUUGGUGAAAAGGUGUAUCUGUGUGGACAAGAUGAGGAACACAAGCGUUGCGAAGACUACGUUCGUUCAUAUAACUACGAAGGCAAAGGCUCCAUGGCUGGCUCUGUAGGCUGUUGCAGCGAUCGGCAGGAGGAAGAAGGGCUGGAGUUUUUAGAUCAAUUGGAACCGAAAUUUAGGACAUUAGCAAAGACAUGUGUGAAGAAAUAAUCAUUCUGGUUAAGAGAGCGACAUCUGCAAAUGACUACAGAGGUGUCACUGGAUGUAAAAAGACUUUGCUUAUUGAAGGUGAAGUCAUUUAUAGAUAAGGAUGCUUUACCAACCACAGCUCUUCCAAUUCUUCUUGUCUCCGGAACUUCCAAGUUGUCUAGACAGGAAAUUGUCAUUGUUCCUUUUCUUUCUGUGCAUGUACACAUUGCCCUCUCAGGACUGGACUGUGCCUACCACUGAAACUGGUGAUGUUUGAAAUGUAAGCUCUUUUGCACGCUAUGCGAGACUCCAUGGUGGAACUGGGUAUUGCGGAAGCUUUAAACAUGAAUCUGCAUUGUGUAUAUACAGAUUAAAUAUUUUCUUCAAAGUCGUGGGGAGAA